ACGCGAUUUCGCGUUACUCAGCAAAGCCAAGUAUUCGUCUCAUGCCGAUGACGUAACAAUUUAUAUUUACUGAGGAACUGACACUCGGUGUGGGAAUUGCUUGCUCUCGUCUUGAACACGAACAUUUGUCCAUAAACAGGACUGGGAACUUCAAUGGAAUACGUUUGAAGGCCCAGUGAGAUGACUGACCAGGGCAACAACAACCAGAACAUCUCCGGCAACCCUUUUGCUGCCCUCUUCAGCUCACUGGCUGAUGCCAAGCAGUUUGCAUCUGGCCAGAAACCAUCUCAACCUCAGUUGGACGACUCCGGAGAGAGCCAGUCAGAGUCAGAGAAUUCAGUGUCAGACAGCGUUGAUGAGAACGAUGACUCUGUGGCGGAGAUCAGUCGCUCUUUCAGAUCCCGACAAGAGUUGUGCGAGCAGCUCAAUGUCAAUCACAUGAUUCAGCGAAUUUUUCUCAUUACCUUGGACAACAGCGAUCCCAGUCUGAGAGGAGGUAAUGGGAUACCGCCACGAUGCGUGUACCUGGAGGAGAUGGCUGCUGAUCUGGAUGGACAGGACUGGUUGGACAUGGAUAACAUAGAGCAGGCUCUUUUUAACCGAUUGCUGGUGCCAGAGCCAGGGAACCAUCUCAUCUAUAUGACGUCCUGCAGCGCGGUGAAUCUGUCCGCUGACCGUGAUGCUGGGGAGAAAUGUGCCAUCCCUUACCUGUUCGCUUGUUACCAAAGGGCAAAGGAGGAGGUGAAAAAGGUUCCAGAAAAGUUGCUGUCAUUUGCAGUUCGCUGCAAGAAUCUGACUGUGUCAGACACAAGGACUGUUCUGCUCACACCAGAGAUCUAUGUCAGCCAGAAUAUCUAUGAGCAGCUUCUGGAUCUGCUGGUGGAAGGCUUCAGUAGAGGGCAGCAAGAAGAGGUGGUUGAGUUUGUUGAAGAAGUCAUCGCCGGACUGCUUACUGACCAGGAGGUACGCACCUUUAAGGAGGUUAUAAUGCCGGUGUUCGAUAUCUUCACGGGUCGCGUCAAAGACCUGGACCUCUGUCAGCCCCUCCUCUACUACUACCUUGAAGUUCUGUUGUACUUCAGCCACAAUAAAGACAUUGCUAAGGUAUUAGUGGAACACAUUCAUCCCAAAGAUCAAGCAAAUGGUUUGCAGUACCAGAAAAGCCCACUGGGAGCUGUAUUGGGUAUCUCCUGCUUGUUGAAGACUCCUGGUGUUGUUGAGGGGCAUGGCUACUUCCAGAACUCUUCACGUGCCAGUGUUCAGGAGACAAAGGUCCAGGAGGCAAACAUCCAUCAGUUCAUGGGCCAAUUUCAUGACAAGCUGCACCAGAUCUUAAAAAACCUGCUCCAGCGAUCGUGCGAGACAAGACACUUGCUGCUGUCGUGGUUGGGCAACUGUCUGCACGCCAACUCUGGACGAACCAAGAUUUGGGCGAACCAGAUGCCAGAGAUGUUCUUCCAGAUGUAUGCCUCGGAUGCUUUCUUCCUAAAUUUGGGUGCUGCUCUGGUGAAGCUCUGUCAGCCAUUCUGCAAGCCACGCUCGCCCAAACUGCUGACCUUUAACCCCACCUACUGUGCCCUGAAAGAGCUGAGCGAAGAGGAGCGGCGCAAUCGAAAUGUCCACGCAAGAGGUUUGGACAAGGAAACCUGCUUGAUUCCUGUUCCUCCGCAACAGCGAGUGGAUUCAGGGGAGUCCUACAGCCUGCUGACCGAAAAUCUCACCCUCACACAGCUAACCCUCCACUUAGGCUUCCACAGACUUCACGAACAGAUGGCGAAGAUGAACCAGUCCCUUCACCGGCUCCAGGUGGCGAUCCAGGAGGCCCAGCGAACAGGAAACCCAAUUAAGGAUCAGCUCAUUGAGCAGUUUGAGCGCCUGAUGGUUAUUUAUCUGUCAACCAAAGCUGCCACCACACAGCCUGCCAUGCUUCAGUGCUGCCUUAACCUUCAAGCGUCUACUGCCGCUGUGCUGGUUCAGCUUGGCAUUGGAAACCAAGGGCCCGAUCAUGUAGCACUCAGUUUUCCACUGCCCUCCUUACAAAGUACAAUGCUCUGCUAUAUACCAGAGUUUUUUGCUGAAAACUUGGGGGAUUUUUUUAUUUUUCUGCAUCGGUUUGCGGAUGAAGUUCUGGAGUCUUCUGCGGAAAAUCUUGAAUAUAUUUUGAACUUCAUCACUAUCUUCAUGGGUUAUGUUGAAAGGAUGAAGAAUCCCCAUUUGAGAGCUAAGCUGGCCUUGGUGUUGGAAUCCGUGAUGCCUCACAUGGGUUCAGUGGCACCUGGGGCUGUUCAACCCAUUAUGUUUCAGCGAGAGCGAGUCUUCUGCUCCUACAGACAUGCUCCUCAGCUGGCAGAGGCCCUCAUCACUGUGUUUGUAGAUAUUGAGUUCACAGGUGACCCUCAUCAGUUUGAACAAAAGUUCAACUACAGAAGACCCAUGUAUCCCAUUCUCAAGUACAUGUGGGAAAAGGAAACUUAUAGAGAGAGUAUAAAGCAUUUAGCAGACUAUGCAUCUGAGAACCUGGAGGCCAUGAACCCCCCUCUUUUCCUCAGGUUCCUCAAUCUACUGAUGAAUGAUGCCAUUUUUCUUUUGGAUGAAGCUAUUCAGUACUUGAGCAAGAUUAAGGUCCUGCAGCUGGAGAGGGAUCGAGGGGAGUGGGAGGACUUGUCACCUGAUGCCAGAAGGGAGAAGGAGUCCAGCCUGCAGAUGUUAGGAGAACUGGGCCGCUUCCACAAUAUCAUGUCUAAUGAGACCAUCAGCACCUUGGCCUUCCUCACCUCAGAGGUCAAGGGGAUCUUUGUUCACCCUUUCCUGGCCGAGAGGAUUAUCUCAAUGCUCAACUACUUCCUGCAGCACCUGGUUGGUCCAAAGAUGGGCGCUCUUAAAGUCAAGGACUUCAGCGAGUUUGAUUUCAAGCCCCAGCAGCUUGUGUCCGACAUCUGCACCAUCUAUCUGAACCUCGGAGAUGAGGAGAAUUUCUGUGCUACGGUUCCAAAGGAUGGUCGGUCGUACUCUCCCACUCUCUUCUCCCACACGGUCCGUGUACUGAAGAAGAUCAACAAGCCCGGAGAUAUGAUUGUUGCUUUUGGAGUCCUCGCUGACAAAAUCAAGUCCCACGCAGACAGACAGCAACAGGAGGAGGAGACGUAUGCGGAUGCACCAGACGAGUUCAUCGACCCCAUCAUGUCCACCCUGAUGCUGGAUCCUGUUCUUCUGCCUUCCUCCAAUGUCACUGUCGAUCGCUCUACUAUAGCAAGACAUCUCCUGAGUGACCAGACCGACCCUUUCAACCGCAGUCCUCUAACCAUGGACCAGAUCCGGCCAAAUGAGGAACUCAAACAGCAAAUCUUACAGUGGCUGGAUAAGCACAAGCAGGCGGGGUUGCAGUUGGGACCCAGUGGCUAGCCGUGAUCCUCUCUGUGAGAAACCAUUACUGCCCCCCCAUUUUCUCUCCUGCCCAAACCGUGUGUGCUCCUCUUCUUUUUGGCUAAUCCAUGGCGCAAUUAUCCCUGUGGAUUCCUUCUGGCUCCUGCAGUCCGUCUAAUAUUCCAUUAGCCUUUAUACAGCCUUUAAACAGAGCGGAUUAUCUCUCUGACAACAGUCCAGACAAACUGUCGCUCACCAGCUGGAAGUCACAAAACAGACCUUUUUUUUUUUUUUUUAACUUCCAUGAGUCGAUACUAGGUCUAUGUCUCAGUGCACACUUUAAUCAGCAUCAUCACAUAAAGAGCUGUGGCCGGGAAGAUGGAGCGAACAGGACUUGUUGAAUGUACAAGAACUUCUGACUGCUCAGUCGGCCCUAAUGACGUUUUUAUACCGUGGCACAGUUUUUAACUCCUCAACAGAAGGGUAGCGCUGUUUUAGGCUUUCAUAUUUGUUUUGUUUUUCACUAUAAUGCAUCAAACUGCCUUUAUUUUUCUUCCCCGGUACUUUAGCACUUUUGGAUUGAUAUCAAAAUAUCUGCUUCAUCUUUAAGCCAAUAACAACAAAAGGAUGAGUAGGGAUGAAGAGUGAAGGUGAUGUGUGUGAGUGACUUGUUUUGUUUAUAACAUUCAUGUGAAGGCUUACGAAACCUUUUUUAUAGUUUGUGAAAUAGACCUGACUCGUCUUUUUGUAUCACAUUUCUUUUGCACCCUGUGCUUGCUUCUCAUGAGCCAUUUGACCUCCCACUGCAAAAAAAAAAAAUCCACUGUGGGUGACUCUUAAUUGAAGGCGUGAUUGUGAGUUUGAGGGUCUUAGAUGUUCCUUCCUGGCUCUCCAAGUAUCUCACACGUUCGACAAACCUGAAUCAGGUUAAGUUUUAAAGGCACAGUUGUGAGUACUUGACCCUUCAUGUACCCAACUAUUUUCAGAAACACUUUUGAUUUAUUAGAUCUAGUCUUGGUUCAUCUUUGACAGGUGUCUGAGCUGUUUUCCACCGGCUAUCAGUCUCCUAUCAUUAAUAUCUUAUUAAUUUUUAAGUGAUCACAGUCUGACUGCAGAUGUAUAGAUAUGGUGCCUAAAAAAUGUGAGCCUCACAGAAAUGUCAACGUGGCGGGGGGCAACUGGAUUAUCUCUUUUGAGAUGUGAUGCAUUUUUUGGAAUACAAAAAUGAAAUGAACUAAAAAUCUGUUGCUUGAAGAUGAAAGUGAAUUGAACGAAGUAUUUGUUGGCAUGCCUGCUGAUGCGUAAGACAUUUCUACUACUUAAUUGAUCAUGUGUUUUAAAUGAUAUACUAAUGUUAUUUGAUUAUUGACUCCUGUACAGUAUGAUUCAAAAUAAAACAAAUGGAGUGACGAUCCAA